UGGGCUGAAAACCACACUACGGCUUCCUCUUUACCUUUGCAAUGAGAGCACACUUGUCACUAUGCUUCUAAGCAACUUCAGUGACGCUUCCGGGAAAGAUCUGCACCAGUCCAAAUGGCACACGUCCUGUAUGUGGCAUCUUUCUCCCUCCUUCUGGCUAAGCUCAGCACUGGCCAGAGAGAAGUAACAGUUCAGAAAGGACCGUUGUACAGAGCUGAAGGUUAUGCUGUCAGCAUUGGCUGCAAUGUAACUGGCCACCAGGGCCCUUCUGAGCAGCAUUUCCAGUGGUCUGUUUACCUGCCGACAGCCCCAUCCAGGGAAAUACAGAUCAUUAGCACCAAGGAUGCCGCCUUCUCUUACGCAGUGUAUGCACCGCGAGUGAAAAGCAGAGACAUCUACAUAGAGAGGGUGCAGGGAAACUCGGUCUUUUUGCACAUCUCCAAGCUCCAGAUGAAGGAUGCUGGCGAGUAUGAGUGUCACACCUUGAACACGGAUGGAAAGUACUAUGGAAGUUACAGUGCAAAGACUAAGCUAACCGUUAUUCCAGAUACUCUCUCUGCCACCAUGCAUUCCCAGACUCUCAGGAAGGAGGAAGGUGAACCAUUAGAACUUACCUGCGAGGCAUCCAAAGCCACAGCUCAACACACCCACCUCUCUGUCACCUGGUACCUGAUACAGCAAGGAGGAAGCAGCCAAACCACCAAGAUUAUUUCCCUCUCCAAAGAUUUUACGUUGACCUCUGGGCCUCUCUAUGCAGAGAGGUUUGCAGCUGGUGAUGUGCAGCUCAACAAGUUUGGGGUCACUACUUUCAGGCUGUCCAUAGGCAGGCUCCAGUCCUCAGAUCGAGGCCAGCUGUUCUGUGAGGCAGCUGAAUGGAUUCAGGAUCCAGAUGAAACCUGGAUUUCCAUCACAAAAAAGCAGACAGAUCAAACAACACUGAGCGUCCAGCCAGCAGUGAGAGACUUUCAAGUCAGCAUUACUGCUGAGAGCACUUUUGCUGAAGGGAAGCCAUUGCAGCUGGUUUGCCUGGUGGUGGGCAGUAGCCAGGACCCACAGCUUCAGGUCGUUUGGUUACUCAAUGGGAUUGAAAUAGCCCACAUUGAUGCUGGUGGAGUCCUGGAUCUGAAGAAGGAUUACAAAGACAGAGCAAGCCAGGGACAGCUCCAGGUUUCGAGGUUAAGCCCCAAGGCUUUCUCCCUCAAGACCUUCUCUGCAGGCCCAGAGGAUGAAGGCACCUACAGUUGCACAGUGACCGAGGUGGUGAGAACUCCAAUGGGCUCCUGGCAGGUGCUGCAGAGAAAGCAGUCACCAGUCAGGCAAGUACAUCUGAAGAAGCCAGCAGCAAGAGGUGUGGUUGUAUCUGCCAAGCAGCAAGCCGUGUGGGAAGGAGAGCCUCUCACCCUUCUCUGCAAGACGGAUGGAACGGAGAGUCCUCUGUCCGUGAGCUGGUGGCACAUCCCGCAGGACCACACUGCGCCCAUGUUCAUAGCUGGCAUGGAGCAAGAUGGUACUCUGCAGCUGGGUGCCUCCACUGAGGGCCCAAGAAGCCAUGGCAGCACAAGGCUGGACAAAGUGGACCGGGGUACCUUCCGGCUGGAAAUCACCUUCACCACGGUCACAGAAAGUGGUGUAUACGAGUGCAGAGUGUCUGAGAGAACCCAGAACCGGGUUGGAGAUCUGUAUUGGGCUCACAAUAUUUCGGUCACUGUGAAAUCUCUAAAAUCAAGUUUACAAGUUAAUUUGAUGAGCCGUCAGCCAAAGGUAAAGUUAAUGGACACUUUCGACCUGUCCUGUAUAGCGAAGGCCGCCUAUUCUGGCCUUGCGCUGCCAAUCACCGUGACAUGGUAUUUCCAGCCGGUCAGGUCUCAAAUCUUUCAUCAGAUAAUUCGAAUCACCCAUAAUGGCACUGUUGAAUGGGGGGAUUUCCUCUCCCAGUUCCACAAGAAGGUGAAGGUUUCACAGACUUCAUAUUGUUCUCAACUCUUAAUCUAUGAUUCCACUGUGGAAGAGACAGGAAUGUAUCAGUGUAAAGUGGAAGUUUAUGACAGAAAUUCCCUACACACGAACAAUCCAGCCAAGGCCUCAGCCACCUCUUACCCACUGAAAAUAUCUGUCACUUUACCAGAGAGCACCCUAAGAGUGAAUGCAAGCCAUCAAUACCAAGAGAUCUCCAUCAACUCCAACACAGUUAUAGAAUGUAAUGUCUCAUCCCAGCACGCUAGAAACCUCCAGUUAGCCAUUACUUGGUAUUUCUCUCCCAUUUCCAGUAGUACAUCUUGGCUGAAGAUCUUGGAAAUGGACCAGACCAAUGUUGUAAAAUAUGGGGAUGAAUUUCACACCCCACGGAGAAAACAAAAAUUUCACUCUGCGAAAAUUUCCCAAAACUUGUUUCAGCUGCACAUUCUGAGUGUGGAAGACAGCGAUCAGGGCACGUAUUACUGUGCUGUGGAGGAAUGGCUUCUGUUUACAAAUGGCACGUGGCAGAGGCUUGGAGCGGAGAAGUCAGGACUGACAGAAUUGAAACUCAAGCCCACAGGAAGCAAGGUAAAUAUCUCCAAAAUUUACCUGACAGAAAAUGCCACUGAGCAUGGAAAUGUGGACAUCCACUGCAGCCUUGAGGGCUCAGGGGACUCAACCUCCCUGUACUCUGUGACAUGGUUCUGGAGCAGGGGAGACACCAGGCGUCACAUGCUGGUGCACCUGCAGCACGAUGGCUUGCUGGAGUAUGGGGAUGAGGGGCGCAGGAGACAUCUGCACUGCUACCGUUCGUCUCCUACGGACUUUGUCCUGAAGCUGCAUGAGGUGAAGGAGGAAGAAGCUGGGAUGUACUGGUGCAGUGUGGCAGAGUGGCAGCUGCAUGGCCAUCCGAGCAAGUGGGUCAACCAAGCGUCAGAUGAGUCACAGUCGAUGGUGCUCAGAGUGCUUUCUUCAGAGCCCACGUUUCCUGCCAGGAUCUGUUCCUCAGCACCUUUACUCUAUUUCCUAGUUGUCUGCCCCAUUGUCAUGUUUGGUCUUCUGUUGAUUUCCCUCCUCUGCUUAUACCAGAAGGCCAGGAAGUUGUCAAGGGAGAGUCUCAGCGCACAGAAAGAAAAGGCUCUUUGGGUAGGCAUGAAAGGGGCUGGAGGCUGGACCGCAGACAGAAGAGAGGAGGAAGAGGAAGAUGAACACAACUGAAUCCUGAGAGGUGCCUGCAGCUGCAGUGUGCUGGGACUUCUGAACUGGACUGGCUGGGGCCUGAAAGAAUUCUGAUUCUGUCCUUUACCAUGUCUGGGGCUCUGUGCAUGUCACUCAGGGCUCGCAGGGAACAUUUAGGGAGCACUUACGUGCUGCCUGGAACUGUAAGUGCUUCUUUGUGUAUUAACCUGCCUACCCAGUGUAGCCUUCAGGAGUAGAUAACAUCAUUAUCCUAGAGCCUCCCUCCCACAGCCUGGGCCCUCACACAGCAUGGAGGAGCAAAUGAGCUGCUAACACAGAGCCCUGGGUGGGCCUUCCCUCUCCUCCCACCUCUUACACCACUGAUUCUCCUGGAAACUCUGGCUCCAGGUGAUCUUUUUGCUCUAGGUAAGAAACAUAGGAAUGAAUCUGGUGUCAGCAAGGCAAAAGGAAUUGAGAACACGCUCUUUUUUACUUCAAAUCUGCCUCUGCAACCAGAAUGUAACUUCUUUCCAGGGAGAAAUCCAAUUAUCUUCCUCUAGCUCAUCUACAAAUGCCCACUCGACAGCUUAAAAGUAGGAGAAUCAGUAUUGAUUCUUUGAUAAAAUGAUAAAACAUUUUAUACACUGAUGGGAGGGUGAUUGUUUUUGUGCUACAAGACUUAAGUCAUCAUGAAGGAAAACUCUUCUGUUCUUGGGGGGUGGGGUGUUUGUGCGGCAAUGUAUCGUCCAUGUCUCCCCACCACCAAAAGCCCAUGGCUCUUGGUACUUUCUGUGACCUGACAGUCUUGGGUAGUAGGAAAAGACUGUGGUAGAUCUGGAGGAGGAGAGGUCACAGGGCCACCACCCCUCCUAUUCUAGCAGAGCUAGGGUUCAAGACAAGCAGCAAGGAAAAUCUGAUGCUUAACGGUCCCCCAAUUCACAGGCUGGAAAAUUCCAAGGAUAGGGCCAACAUGCCAUGUCUUCAGCAGGUGUCUCUGCAGGGCCUAGGGGCCCUCACCUUUAUUUCAAAAGCUAUUCAGACGCAGGUUUAGCCAUAAUUGGAAAUCAAUCAAUGCCACCUAACAGACUUGACAAAACACCUCUAUUUAUCAUCUAUGUGACCAACAGGGUUGCUUUAGCAUUCAGUAAUUUGCAUUUCCAAGGAGAGCAAUUUAUUUUUAAUUAUUUUAUCAAGUACACAGUCCUCUCCAAAUGUAAUUAGUUCCUUUGCUCCUUUGCAAGCAGAUUAUUGGUGGCUGUGAGAACUUCCUCCACAGACCUGCGGAUUCCUUAAAUUCAUCUCCCUUUAUAGCCUCAUCUGAAGUACUCCAAAUGUUUUCUUAAACAUGUCAACACAUUUACUUCUCUCUCAGGUAGGGGAGCAUAUUUUUUCUGCACACAAAGCUGAAAUUAAGACGUCUUAGAGAGUAUGAUAACCCGUUCUCCCAUUUUUUAGAAAACUUUAUUUUAAUUGGGAUUUUGAAGAGAAAGAAAAUGGAGCCCCAACCAGAGAAUCCUAGAAUGGAUGGCGUGCUGCCCAUUUUCCUGGAGCACCCACACCCCACCGCCUCACCUCUCUGACCUGGGUGUGCUUUCUGCUCUCUACUCAAACAGCACUUCUCACCUUUGAGCCCUGCACUGGGCAGGGGCACGCAGGGCUAUCAAAGGCUCCCUCCUACCUCAGUAAAGCAGCGGGAGUGUUUCCCAGGAAGUGCUUCCACCCAUCGAGCACCAUGGCAAGUGCAGGGCCCAGCAGUGACUCAGACACAGCUUCCUCCCAUCUGUUCUAGAUGCUCUCUAGACCUAGAGACCUACGGCACAUUAGGUUUUCUUAGAAACUUAAGAAAAUCUAUUGCACUAUUUGUCCAUUGUGAGUUUUUAGACAACUAAAACCUCAGAGUCAUUUUUCAACUUUUGAACUUUUAGAAAAAAUUUUGCUGUGAUUCAGUUCAACAGAUACAUUACAUGAAACUUCCCUCCAGUUAUGCACUUGCUCAUUUUAAUGUUUGAAACCUAAUGGAGAGCUUCACUUUCACUCAUUGCUUUCAACUUUUCCAUUCUGUAUCACCUGGUUUUGCAUUCAGCUUUUUUUACAUAAAUCUUCUUUGGCAACAGGACAAGACUCUAUCUCAGGGAUUAGCAAACCGUGGCUCAAAGGGCCAAAUCCAGCCUACCAUGAGUUUUAAAAAUAUAAUUUAUUAGAAUAGAGUUGCUCCUGUUCGCUUUCUAUCUAUGGCUGCUUUCAUGGUAAAAUGGUAGAGCUGAAUAACUGCCAAAGAAACCAGAUAGGCUACAAAGCCUAAAAUGCUUACUUUUUGACCCUUUACAGGAAGUUACCAACCCUACUCUCUUCUGAUGUUUAAUAUUCUGUCUGUCUUGGCUAUGUAUUAUGUUUCUGGGAAACUUGAUUUGAGCUAUUAUAUCUCAAUCUGUUAUGAAUCUGAUUUGACUUAAUAAAUAAUCUUAGGCCCUCAGGAUUGCUGUUUAGUCCAAGCCA